AUGAUCAGGCCUUGGGCUCCGAAGCCAGCAGUACUUAUCUCACUGUCAAAACUAAUCUUGAAACAGUGAAUCCUAUUCUAACCGUACAUUUCACGGAACUCCACACGAACUCAUCCUAUAGGAAAUAUGACUUCAAACCCCGACCAGAGGCUGGACCACCUUCUGAGCGUGGUGGAGAGCGAGUUUCAGAAGGGCAGCGAGAAAGGAGACGCCUCAGAGAGGGAUAUUAAACUGGGACUAGAAGAUGCAGAAUUAUGGACCAAGUUUAAAGAACUAACCAACGAAAUGAUUGUCACCAAGACUGGCAGGCGGAUGUUUCCAGUGCUCAGAGCGAAUGUGAGUGGCUUGGACCCCAACGCUAUGUACUCAGUUCUCUUGGACUUCGUGGCUGCAGACAACAACCGGUGGAAGUACGUGAACGGCGAGUGGGUUCCCGGUGGCAAGCCAGAGCCACAGAGCCCUAGCUGCGUCUACAUCCACCCAGACUCGCCUAACUUCGGAGCGCACUGGAUGAAAGCGCCCGUCUCAUUUAGCAAAGUCAAAUUGUCCAAUAAACUCAACGGGGGAGGACAAAUUAUGCUGAACUCUCUGCACAAGUAUGAGCCCAGGAUACACAUUGUGAAGGUUGGAGGGCUCCAGAAGAUGAUCAGUAGCCAGUCUUUCCCCGAGACUCAGUUCAUCGCUGUCACUGCUUACCAGAACGAAGAGAUAACGGCGUUGAAGAUCAAACACAAUCCAUUCGCUAAAGCUUUCCUCGAUGCCAAAGAGAGAAGCGACCAUAAAGACAUGCCAGACCAUGGUGGAGACAGUCAACAGUCUGGUUAUUCCCAACUUGGUGGUUGGUUUCUACCUGGUAACGGUCCCAUGUGCCCCAGCAGCAGCCCCCCUCCGUUCACCGGGGCCCCUGGCCACUCCUCAGGGUCCUACUGUGAAAGGUACUCCAGCCUGAGGGGCCACAGGGCCGCUCCCUACCCCAGCCACUACCCACACCGCUCCUCCAGCUCAAACAACUACAUGGACAACUCGUCGGGAGCCCUGCCCACCCAUGACAGCUGGUCAGCCCUUCAGAUCCCUAACUCCACUGGGAUGGGAACCCUGGCCCAUACCAGCAACUCCACAUCCAACUCCAGCCAGUAUCCCAGCCUGUGGUCUGUUGCCGGGACGGCCCUAACUCCUUCCGGCUCCUCCUCUGGCUCCAUCGCUGGUGGCCUGACCAGCCAGUUCCUGCGAGGCUCCUCCUACACAGGCCUGACCUCCUCCCUGCCCGUAUCCUCACCAUCCUCCAUGUACGACCCCAGCCUUAGCGAGGUGGGUGUAGGCGUGGGCGAGGCCCAGUUCGAAAGCUCCAUCGCCAGGCUCACCGCCUCCUGGGCACCUGUGGCUCAGAGCUACUGAGCACAAUGCUUCCAUAGCCAUUGACUCUCCUCAACCACCAUCCUGUUCCACAUCACCACCAUCUCCACUCUACUGCCUGACCAUCAGCUAGGAAACUUUUGGGUUGAAGCAGCAAUGCCUUUGGAAGGCAGAGUCAACUCAGAAGAAGAUCUAUCUGAAGCAGAGAGAUGUAGGGUCCUCUCAGGCCUUGUGUUUUACCAACAUGACAUGGUUGAUCUUCCAUUCCGAAAACCCGAGACAUUCUAAGCUUAGUCUGAGUGGAAGAGGCAUGUGUUUUUCCGUUGGGAGUUUCCUUCACUCUCUCCAAGGUGCAGUUACAAGCCUAAGACAAUCUGAAUAUACUUCCUCUACAAUUGUUCCAGUUGCUGGUGUGUUACUUUAGUUGUGUCCUUCAGACAAGAGUACUCCAAGACAAUCGUACGCUGGCGUAAGACAAUCAGGAUCACUAGCUACACAAAGCUAAGUUUGUGAAGUAACCCCCUCAACUUUAUUAAAGGGGCCAAUCCUUAUGUUUAACUGUUUAUUGCUACACUUAGUUUGGUUAUUAUUAUAAUAGAUAAAUAGGAUGAAAUCAUCUGUUAAUCUAACAUAAAACAUGUAUAUGUGUGUAUAUAAAAUAAAUUAACGUCAAUUUUCUUUGUUAGCCUUUUACAUGGAACUGUUUUGGAUCCAGUGUCAGUCAGUGUGUUGCUUUUUGUGGCCUGAAGGAAAAGAAAGAAAGAAGGAAAGAAUGAAAGCAAGAAGUGCCUUGUAUCCUCCCACUGCAGCCCAGGAGAAAGCACAGAUGUCUCUUCUCCUUCGCUCUGUGUACAUUCCCUCCCUGGCAAUCAUAUGUACAUAUCUAUUCUAUUUGUGUUUGUUGGACUCAUUGGGAGUUUAUGUUUAUUUAUGUCAUUUUAAUAAUAAAUUAAAAGUUCCUUUGUUUUCUCAAA